GAGAUUUCCAUGAGUUGACUUGAGUAAAUGCCACGUCUUACCAGUAGCAUCAACGCAGAGAGAAACAUCAGAGGUUUAUCACUCACACCAACCGCAGGAUAAGAGAGUUAUCCAGCGCACAGAGAGGCAGUGUUAACGGACAAAUCCCGGUAGGAACUGUUUGUUGUUUUUCAUUGAAAGUCGCUGUUUACGAUGAUGCUCCCGCUGCAGCAACACGUUAGCAUGCUGUAGGCUAGCUAUCCGGCUAACAGGCUUUCUUUGUAAGUUAGUGAAGCCGGUUAUCUCAGGUUCUUGUUUGGGGAUGAGAUUGAAGAGGACACUUUCAAAUGCAAAGAGAUUAUCCGUAUUUAGCUUUAGCAUCCUUCGCUUUCAGCUGCAUGGAGAUAAACAAAAACAGAUGGCAAAGUCAAACUAAUGUGAGUUACAUUAGCCGAAUAUGGAAAGUUUAGUUUCAUCCAUAUCGUUAAAACUGUUUAUAUGCUUAUUUAACUGAGUGUACGGUACAAAAUGUGCUUAUGCAAACAGUAAAAGUUUAGGUCCAGGCAGGUGGGUGAGUAAACACGGAGUUGCAUGGGUUUAGUGCAGCUUUGGACGAGUUUAUAGAAUCAUAUCCUGCAGAAAUCCAGUGAAUUUUAAAGACCUAGCAUUCUGAAACUUUUAAUGCACUCUCGCUGAUUUGAAGAAGAAAUGAGACUUCUGCAAAAACGCAACGUUUAAGUGAAAGGAAAUGCACAUUUAGACAAUUGCGCCAAGAGUGUAUACAUGUUUGAGUUUGCUGAAUCAUCACUUCUAUUGCUGUGGAGUUUCUUAAAUAGAAAAAGGAAGAAUACACAGAAUUAAAGGGAUAUUCCAGCAUAAAUUUAAGUUAAAGUCAAACACACCAUGACACCGAGUAAGAUACUUCAGAGAUAAAUGUUGGCGACCGCUUGCUUCUUUAGUUAAACCAACUUAAGUAACGACCCUACGAUAGCAAUACACAGCGGUCUACAUCUCCACACACACACACUCACUUCAACCAAAACGCCACUCUGUAGCCACAAAUAAUGCUCAGAACAGCACCUAACUUCAUCAACAGGACAUAUAGGGUCCCAGCCAUAGUACUAGCCACCAAACAUCUUUUUAACUUUGCCUUAUUUCUUUAGCAAAGAGACUAAACACAACUCACCUACUCUCCUCCAGCAGCCGUUUGUUUGUAGCGAGACCUCAGACCAGUCCAUUACAGACUGCAGCGGGGUGACGCAGCUCAAGGAAGAACAUUUAUGAUAAUUUCGUUAUCAUUUCCUUGAAGUAAUAAUCACCAUAUUGAUCAUUUUGCACUGCAGACGUGGUAGUUCUUCUGCCUUAGCGUCUUGGUCUGAUUGCAUUUCCAUGAAGAAAAUGGUGUUACGGUGUGUUUGACCCUAAAUUACAGGGUUUCCCCUACAUGCAAUUGAACGUGGCUUACCACCGCGGCUGAAUAAAAGCCGCGACACCUUUUAAAAUGCGGUGUUUUCUUAUGUGGCUCUAUCUUGAACUCAUAUGUAUCAGUAUACAUACGUGCACGCACCUAGUAUUAGGAUUUGUGCAUUAUCGUCGGCGAUGUCACUGCUGAUUCAUUAAACCCACCCCCCAUUAACUCACCACCACAGUUAGAUUCCCAUCCCGGGGGAAACACUGAAUGAAUUUUACACAGGAAUAUCCCUUUAACCUUACAAUAAAUGUCCUCAGAUGGCAACUGCCUGAGGAUUGGAAAUUAAAAACACACAUAAAAGUACAACUUGACUUCAAAAUGUCAGCACAACCAACCAUAAAAAGUUUAGCAAGAACAAGUGAACCUUUUCAGGACAUUAUAAUUAAAAGAUUUACCCGUAUAAACAUGAGCGGUCACAUGAUUCUUGGUCUUACUGUCAUAUUUAUUGAGUGUUUUUACUCUUGUCUUCAUCACAGGGAAUAAUAUGGGCUGUUUACGUCUGCUGGCACUGCUAGUGUUCACAUUUGCACUACUUCUGUUAGCCUCCCAUCCAUCAAACGCUCACAGUCAUUCACAUGGCGACCAUGGGCACGCCCACUCCCAUGGCCACCAUCACCAUGGCCACCAUCAUCAUGGCCACUCCCAUGGCGAAGACGAAGAUGUGAGGAUGUUCCACGGAGCGAGCAAAUGGAGUGCUGAAGCAAACCUACCUGUAGAAGAGGAGGAGGAGGAGGAGCAUCAUGGACACGCCCACUCUCAUGAUCACGGACAUGCACACUCUCACGAUCACGGACACGCUCAUCAUGAGGAUGUGUUGCGGGUGCACAAAGAGGAGAGCGGACACGGGCACUCACACGGAGGAGAGAGGGUGAAGAGGGAGGUUGAGAAGAGGGACAUGGUGGAGCUCUGGAUGCAGGUGAGGUCCUGGUUAAGUCACGUUCACACUUUACACGAUCAUUUACCGCUACGUCAAAUAGCAAAGGUGAAGCCCAUUUUAUCGAGAUCUGACCUGGAAAAACUAAUCCAUGCUUUUAUCACGACCCGUCUUGAUUACUGCAACUCUUUGUAAGUAGGGAUUAGCCAGGCUUCCCUUGCCCGCCUGCAGCUUGUGCAGAACUCUGCUGCACGUCUCCUGACGCAGAACCGCAGGCGUGAGCACAUCACCCCCAUCCUGGCGUCCUUACACUGGCUCCCUGUACAGUAUAGAAUUAAUUUUAAGCUUUUAAUAUUUGUUUUAAAAGGUCUGAACAAUCUGGCUCCACCUUACAUUUCCAAGAUGCUCCAGCCUUACUGCCCACCCCGACCCCUAAGAUCAGCGGAUCAGCUGUUACUGACGGCCCUCAAUACAAGGCUGAAGCUCAGGGGUGACCAAGCGUUUGCCGCAGCUGCUCCCAAGCUCUGGAAUGAGUUGCCCUUGAGAAUUAGACAGGCCUCCUCGUUUCCUGUUUUUAAAUCCAUUUUAAAAACGCACUUUUACGCCUUGGCUUGGCAGCCGCUCCGAGUGGCUUUUCACUUCUGGCGGUGACAGGAAGUCAAACCACUGUUGUAGUUCUUUUGUGUUGCUAGCGCGGUCAAGAGUGUUGGCUCUCUCUGAGAGAUGACUACAAAAAUGGACGUAUCUGUUCAUCUGGUUGUUUAACACGGCUGAAAAUGAUCAUCUAUUAAUGUUGUUCCCGCUCCCAUUGCUUCUUUUCCCGUCCCGAUCACGGGAUUGAUUAAAAAAUGACUCCCUGAGUCUCCAGAAAGGAGGAUAGGAGUAACUUGAAUAGUCAGGUGUGUCUGUAAUGCCAAUCAAAAUCAGGGUGGGCAGAUCUCUCGAGCAUCUGUUACCAGAUCAUGAUCAGACUUAACAUCCAUCCAGCCGUGAACUCUGACCUCUAGCUUAAACUGUUUCUUUAGUGUCUGAGGAGCGUGAAUGUUCGUCUGAUUAAAACUCCCUCGUCGUUCUUUUUCAGGCCAUCGGAGCGACCCUGCUGAUCAGCGCGGCACCUUUCCUCAUCCUGUUCCUGAUCCCCGUUCAGUCCAACAGCGACCAGCACCAGAACCUGCUCAAAGUGCUGCUCAGCUUCGCUUCAGGUGGACUGCUCGGUGACGCCUUCCUCCACCUCAUACCACACGCACUGGGUAUGUCGUAGAUUCAUAAAAAUCUGUUUUUUUAUGAUGUUAACUUCCUCAGUUUGUCUUCCUGAGUUUAAUGUCACUCUCCUGGGUCUUAUUUGUUCUGCACAGAGCCGCACUCUCACCAUGAGGAGGAUCACGGACACUCACAUGCAAGCGAGGAGUCACAUGACCACGGACACUCCCAUGGUACACAGUUUCUGUCUUUCCUCUCAGUCAUGUCACACAUUUGAACUUCGUUAUGUGUUUGUGUUGCAAACUAAACAGAAGCGUAAAGUGUCAGCUGUGAGAAACAAAAGUAAACAAAAGGACUCUUUAAAGGUUUAAUUCACAUUUUUAACACCUUCUCUACCUGCUCAGGAGCUGCCCACGGUCACAUGAUGUCUGUGGGUCUGUGGGUGCUCGGGGGGAUCAUCGUCUUCCUGGCUGUGGAGAAGUUUGUGCGUCUGGUGAAGGGAGGACACGGACACGGACACGGACACGGACACUCGCACGGACACACUCAUGGUACGCUGGUGUGAAAUGAUGCCUUCACAUAACACGAGCAUUCAAAGCAUUUAAAAAAAAAUUUAAUUUUAAUCUCAGCUGCCGCCAAAGCGAAGGACAGCGAUGGAGAAGAAGAAAAGAAAGAGGAGAAGAAAGGAGAGAAGGAGCCAAAGAAGGAGGAGAAGCAGAGCACAGGUGAGUGAUGUGUUUGUUUUAAGAGACUCGCCUCCUCUCAGGAUUAAAACUGGACCCACAACUCCCUCUGCUGGUCAGGUGCUGAACUGCAGCAUGAUGGCAGAUUAAAACUGCUGGAUCCUGAAAACUUAAACUGAUCAGAUUUAGUGAAGAUAUAAUCAAACCUGUAGAUCCAGUUUAUGCUAUUUCAACGUAGUAACCUGAAUUUGAUUGAAAUAUUUGAUAAAACCUCAAAUAUUACCUGAUAUUCUUUAAUUUUAGAGACCAUGACACAUCUGUGUCAUUACUCCAAAUAUGGACUGAAAAAUGUUCAACUGCUCUGACAUGGUAACAGAAAGUUUAAGAUCGUGCAAAAUAUCAAAAACAGAAUUUGAUGGUUUGAAAAUCAUUUAAAUUUAGUAUCUUUACAGCGAAGACAACUGAUCAAAUGUUGAAUCUGAAAAGUUUAAUUGUUUUGUGAAAAUUUUACGCUCAUUUUAGAUUUGAUGCCAACGAUAUGUUUGAAAGCAGCCGAGACGGAGACAAGAAAAGACAAAAAAAAAAAAACAGUUUAAUGCCUUGAAGAACAUCUUCUGACUCAUGAGGUUUUAUUACAACAUGACUGCGUCUAAAAAUUGCAAGAGAAUACGGUACGAGGUUCCUGUGUGAUUCAUCCGUGUCAUCGGCAUCAGACUGCAAAGAUUUUGAGGCUCCUUUAAUCUCUGGUACACAAAAUCAUUUGACGAUUUAGAACGUGGGAAUUUUCUAAACAAAAUAGGCCAAGGCUGGAAACCGAGUCUGUUGUGGAAAUCACUGCAUGUGCUCGGAAUCACUUCAAAAACUGCCGCAGUCUUUGAGCGCUCCCCAUCAAAACCCUGACGCAGUAAUCCCUCUGCUUUGACGGAGGUGUGAUCGUGACGCCUCAGCUACCGAAUGAUGAUUCAUACCUUCCUGAAAGUGAAUUUUAACGAGAGUUUAAUCCCAGGGAUUAGGGUUUUGGCCUGAGUCAAGGUCACGUUUCCUUUUGAUCCUGCCCGUUGGUUCACUUGUUGGGUCAGUUUGCUGUUUUUGGCGUCACUUCAGUCGCUCGUGUCGGCUCAGGUAUGAGUCUCCAAGAUCAGAGAAAAGUGUCAGUCAUCAAACAGAAACAUGUAAUCCUAUAAUACCUGACCCAGUGUCCUACACGGAUGAGUACAGCCUGAUUAAGAGACAGUUCUUUGGCACAGAACAUGUCUUUAUUUUGAUCUGUUGUGUCCUACUGUCCUGAUUUUGCAGUUUUUACAGUCCCUGUGCUUUUUAUUGCAUCUCCAUCUGAUUAAAUGAUUCAUGACUUUUGACUUUAUCGAGCAGAUACGGGCCUUUUUAAGGAUACUUUGGUUAAGGGCUGGGCGAUAUGGCCUCAAAUCAAUAUCACGAUAUAUUGAGCAUUUCAUUUCAAUAACAAUAAAUGGACGAUUACUUUUAUUCAUGUCCAGAUUUUUACUGAGCUUCUCCAGUAAGGGACAGUGCGGCAGAACAACUCGAGUCUCUUUUAUACUGUUUAUUUGUUGCUAAUUCACACACACGCAAUAGCUGCCUGUUACAGCUUUGCAGUUUCGAUUAGUAGAGACUAGUAGUAGGUUUUAAACCCGCAACAAACACAAAAAUACAAGUGUAACCAACAAUGAUAUAACACAAAUUCACAAAUAUCCAUAAAACACCACUUAACAAACAUCACCCCUGUACCAGUCCUGACGAUCCUCCACAAAUGAGGAUGAAAAAACAAAAGACUGUGCCUUGUAGCACACUGCACAUGCUCAUAACAACAGCAAUAGCUGCUGGAAAGUCCGAAUAUGCCGACAUGGGCAAAAUGACGUCGGUUAUUGUUGUAAAUUUCUGUAUCUGUAAAUUUUCAGUUUAUCGCCCAGCCCUACUUUGUUUGCAGCAUGUUGUCAUUUAAUUGCAAGAUGAGGAAGUAUUUUUGACACAACGUCAUUUAAAUAACCUUUCAGAAAACAGUGCUCAGGUUAUUUAGUAAAGAUGUAAUCACACAGUUUGUCCAGUAGAGGGAGCUCCGGCUUCUUCGUUCACAGUCCUCGCAGCGCCGUCAUGCAACAGAGCGUCCCACCUGACCUGCACCAGUAUUAUAAGUAAACGUCUUUGUUCGCUCACACAGACAUCAAGGUGUCGGGUUACCUCAACCUCGCAGCUGACAUCACGCAUAAUUUUACCGACGGCCUGGCCAUCGGAGCGUCGUUCCUGGUCAGUCCGGCUGUCGGCACCGUCACCACUCUGACCAUCCUGCUGCACGAGGUCCCGCACGAGAUCGGAGACUUCGCCAUCCUCGUUCAGUCCGGCUGCACCAAAAAGAAGGUAACCAAGACGACCCAAAUAUCAGAACAAUAAUCGUUUGCAUGAUCGGUUAAACCACGAUCUUUGAUUCUGUGUCUUUUCCAAUUUCCCAUCAGGCCAUGUGUCUGCAGCUGGUGACAGCCGUGGGAGCUCUGGCCGGCACAGCUUGCUCCUUACUGGCUGAAGGCGUCGGCGCCACAGCGACCGCCUGGAUCCUGCCGUUCACAGCCGGUGGGUUCGUUUAUAUCGCCACCGUGACGGUGCUCCCAGAACUGUUGGCGGGCCGCUCCAGUUUCGGCCAGUCUCUGAUGGAGAUCCUGGCUCUGCUGUUCGGGGUCGGCAUGAUGGUGCUGAUCGCCGAGUACGAGUGAGACGCAGCUGAGCGGAGAGAGAAGCUGCUCGUGAAAUCAGACAGACGAGGAGAGAGAAGGUCAAAAAAAGGCGGUUUUAAGGCGAGAUCAGCUGGAUUUAAGUGGUCAGGGGGUGUUUUCUUGUUUUGUUAUUGAUUGUAUUUUGGGACAAACGCCACCUAGAAAUGGUCGAUGGAUGUUUUUGUUGUCUUGUGUUUUUUAGCAGUUCACGCCCCGCAUUUGUAUUUGUGUUUCUUUAUCAGCUCCGAAAAAACUUCCGAGCAGGAGAGACUGAAAAGAAACGGCCUGUGGGUGAAGUUUCUGAGGACUGCUGUGUGUUUUUUUACUUGACAGGAUAGGAGGGGAAAUCUUUGGUAAUUCACUCACCGCUUAAACUCGAGGAUCGCCUGGCUCUGGUGUCGCUGCAGCUUUAAACUCGAGCUGGUUCCCCCCCAGAAAGUGGCUGCAGGUUUGACUCAUUCCCAGCAUCAAAUCUUAUUAUUUGUGCAUGGCUGUCCUUUACAAAGUUCACUUCAGAGAUGAGUCGGUGCAAGAGCAGAGGGAAACACCAGACAUCCUCUUCAGUGAUUAGUUUAAAAUGAAACACAGAUAGUUUUCAGCUCUGCUAGAUUUUUUAAUCUGAGGAAAAAUUGGCCUUAAGGUACAAAAAAAGUGGAAUUGCUCCUUUAGAUUGCUUCCGCCAGCAGCUACAGGCGCCAAAUGCCUGAACGUGAUUUUCUGCACGUGCAGAAAGGUCACGGUACGUGCGUUUUUUUGUUUCAACAUGUUCAGAUGUUGUUCUUCAUGCCUGGAAAAAUACAGAAAACUUCCUUGACGGGAAAGAUCUUUUUAAUUGGAACCAGAAAAACAACCAGCAACGUUUUUUUCCAAGCCACCAAACUCCAUUGAUAAAAACAGUCAUUUAAACCUCACUGUUAUUUGAGGACACAUGAAUUUCUGAACUUCAUCUGCUUUGGUCUAAUAGUUUUUUAAGUUCUCGCCUGUUUUAUAAAUAUCAUGUUGAAUCAAAACUAACAUUUUCAAACAUUAGAAUAACACUACAUCACCUUUAUUGAUCAAGGCAGCGGUUCAUGAGCAGCUCCUAAAGUUACUCUUUUUUUCAAUGAGGUUUGGUGAGUGUGGAGGCAGCCGUUUCUUUUCACAGAUUUAUUGGUUGUUUGCUCAGACAGAGUUUCCUCUCGUACUUUGGCUGUAACGGCUCAGCUGAAGCAAUUUAAUGGAGCAAUUCCAACAGUUUCUCCUCCUUUUAAGACAUUUAGACACCAGUACAGAUAUCGUUUAAAAAAACACUUAUUUCCUCUGUCUUGUCUGUUUCUUUUGGAGAUACUAUGAAUGUUUGCAUCUUUACAUUCCUCAAAAUAAAAGUAAACGUCAUAUCGUCUUCAGAUGCAGAUGUGUAAAAAAAAUGGCAUCGUACUUCUUCUCGAAUCAUUAAAAUCUUAAUGAAGGGAAAACAAUGUGUCAGCCUUAAACAUAAAUCAAUGAAUAAAUUAAUAAAUCUAAUUUUCAGUCUUGAAAAACUUAA